AAAACAAUACACUACGGUCUACGGCCAUUAGAGAGAGAGAGAGAGAGAGAGAGAGAGACAUAGAGAGAGAGCAAUUAUCUGGUAAACUCCGACCGCCUAUAGCCGGCGACACCACUAGCCUCCCCUGCCUGAUCAAGCUAUUUUACUGUCAAAUUUCCAGCAUUCCAAUAGCCGAUUAAGGCAUAAAGCCAGAGGAACAAGAGAAAACAAAAAGCUACGGAUGAAACAUCGAAUUCAUCCUAUCGUCAAAAGUUAAUUCUUUCAAGAAUACCUAUAUAAUUAUUUUAGUUUUGUUCCUUGGUUUGGUUUGAUUAGUUUUUUUGGGUUUGUGCUUCUCUACUCGGGAACACAAGCCAAGACCCACCAACCCACCCUUGGGAAGGAGAAUUUUCUGCCCAAUUCAAUUAUUCAGUUUGCUUUUUGACUUUCAGCAGAUAAAUUAUUCAAACUUGGGUUGCGUCUAUGAACCGAUUCCAUCACUGUAUGCUGCUGCUGCUGACUAGGUAAUGAAGGGUUUUCGUGAGAGGGUAUCCUCAAAAUGUUCUUCUAAAACUACAACUGAUACCCCAAAUAGAUCUUUGACAUCUGAUUGUUCAGAAGCAGGGUCCCUUAACAGUAAGUGCUCCAAGGGCUCUUUAUGGUCAAGCUUCUUUGCAUCUGCUUUCUCAGUCUUUGAAACAUAUCGUGAGGCACCAGCUUUUGAGAAGAAGGGAAGUCAUACUAGAAACAAUGGUUGGAUGUCAGCUAUGAAGAAAAUUGUGGCAGGUGGCUCAAUGCGGAGAAUCCAUGAGCGUGUUUUAGGGCCAAGCAGGACUGGGAUACCUAGCACAACUAGUGACAUAUGGCUUCUAGGUGUGUGCUAUAAGAUUUCACAAGAUGAGUCCUCCGGGGAUGCAGCUGCAAGCAAUGGAUUAGCUGCAUUCACACAUGAUUUUUCUUCGCGAAUUUUAUUGACAUAUCGAAGAGGUUUCGAUGCAAUUGGAGAUUCAAAAUUUAUCAGUGAUGUGGGCUGGGGUUGCAUGCUUCGAAGCAGUCAGAUGCUUGUUGCUCAGGCAUUGCUUUUUCAUCAUUUGGGGAGAUCUUGGAGAAAACCUUUACAGAAGCCAUUGGAUCAUCAAUAUGUUGAGAUCUUGCACCUUCUUGGUGACUCUGAGGCAUCACCAUUCUCUAUCCACAAUCUUAUCCAUGCUGGGAAGGCUUAUAGCCUUGCAGCUGGGUCAUGGGUAGGCCCAUAUGCUGUGUGCCACUCCUGGGAAUCGCUUGCCCGCUUCAAGAGAAAGGACAACAACCUUGAAUACCAGCUACUUCCAAUGGCUGUUUAUGUUGUUUCUGGUGAUGAAGAUGGGGAAAGGGGUGGAGCUCCAGUUGUCUGCAUUGAAGAUGCCUCUAGACAUUGUUUAGAGUUUUCUGGAGGUCAAGCAAAUUGGACACCGAUUCUUCUGUUGGUUCCUUUGGUUCUUGGACUUGAAAAAGUAAAUCCAAGGUAUAUUCCAUCUUUGCAGGCAACAUUUACUUUUCCCCAAAGCCUUGGCAUUAUGGGCGGGAAACCUGGUGCCUCAACAUACAUUGUUGGUGUGCAAGAUGACUGUGCUUUUUACCUUGAUCCGCAUGAUGUUCAACCGGUGGUCAAUAUUAGCAGAGAUGGCAUGGAGGCAGACACUUCAUCUUAUCACUGCGAUGUCAUACGGCACAUCCCCCUGGAUUCCAUUGAUCCAUCAUUGGCAAUCGGAUUUUAUUGUCGAGACAAAGAUGAUUUUGAUGGAUUUUGUUCUUUGGCAUCCGAGCUGGCAGAUGACUCGCACGGUGCACCAUUGUUUACUGUGGCUCAUACCCGUAAAUUGCCAAAGCAAGUUGGCCAUGGCACUUUAAAUGAAAAUGAUGAGAUUGAAGAGGAUGAUUCCUUUGGUGUAAUGCCCAUGAAUGACGCAGAGGGUUGUGCACAGGAGGAUGAGUGGCAACUGCUUUAAUCAGUGUUCAUUUUGCAGAUUCGAAACUUGUACAUGUUUUGGCCUGAAAUGGGCUUAGUAUACCAAUUCCACAACAUCUCUUGUUAACAGCACUAGUCAACUGUGUUUCUUUUCAUUGUCUCUCGUGGUUCAACAUUUGUAGAAAAAAGUACAAUGGAACUCUUCAAUAUUUAUGAUUCUUUCAGGUAAUAAAAUUUGUAAGAUAAUGGAAUUUCAGUUAA